AUGAAUUUGCACACAUUAUGCCUGUGCCUAUUACUAUCGGUCACUUAUAGUGUAGCUAAAGUGCAUUAUAAGGUGGCGGCGGUGGAGAAAUUGGACAACGACCUAGGUGAAGGGCCGCAUUGGGACGAGAAACAGCAAGUGCUAUGGCAUACGGAUAUCAACGAGUUCAGAGUGUGCCGCUUGAACGUGACCAGUCAGGACAGUGAGUGUCAUAAAUUGACCGAUAUCGCUACUUUUGUCCACCCGUACCCAAAUGGCGAGGACCUGUUAGUGUCUCAGCGCGAAGUGGCACCCGAACUAAAAGGCCAGGAGCGAUUCAACGAGGGCCAACCCGACAAGUCUGGCCGUAUGUGGUUGGCCACAGUGACCGACAGUCUAACUCCCGGCGAUCACUCAGUACUGCCCGGCAAAGGCAACCUCUGGACGUGGGAAUCGGGCAAAGGGUUUACCAAAGCGGCCGACAAUUUCUACCUCACAAAUGGCAUCACUUGGAGUCACGACCAGAAAAAGUUGUUUAUCAACGACUCCGAGGGCCGCAAAAUCUAUGUGUUUGACUUUGAUCUCGAUAAAGGAACAGUUUCAAACAGAAAGGUCUUGGUCGAUGCCGAGACCAACACCGAUUGGACAGUAAACGACCACCCUGAUGGCCUAACUAUAGACAUCACCGGCCACUUAUGGGCCGCCUCUUACGCCGCCGGACGGGUAGUGAAGGUCGACCCCAACACCGGCGAUGUGGUGGACACCUGUGCCAUCCCGUGCCCACUGGUCACUACACCGGUGUUUGGCGGACCCAACAUGAAUCAGAUGUUUAUCACUACUGCCUAUAAAAACUUUGGCCCCGAUCAGCACCCGGCACAUCCCACUUGUGGUAAAGUGCACAGAAUCACCUCGGACGAUACAAAUUUUGCCGCAUUCAACGCGAGCGAGUUAUCUACAAACAUCACCGCAUCUGAUCCCAUACUAGAGAUUAUACCAUUGAACAGCACCAACAGUAUCAACAGUUCACACCCUAAACCCAUACCCACCACCGCCAGCAACAAUGAAUACCAUAUACUAGUGGUGCCAAAAAACACUACAAACUCAUCACGACCAACACCACAACCACUCGCCCGACCCAACACUACGAGCACAUCUCUGACCAGCACAGGACUGAGCAACACAUCACUGGUCAGCACAACCCUAAACAGCACACCCCUGAACAGCACACCUACGGGGCCGUCAAUCCCUACCAACGCUACCCCUAUCAACACCACCACCAUAUCCUAUAGCACGGGUACCACUAACACAACCACCACCGGCACGACCAACACAACCACACUCUCGGAGCUAGCAUUUAAACGCAAGGCCUACCCGGACAGGACGCGCACAGUGAACCUAAACCAACACGAGACCAACAUGGUCGGCUCGGAGGUGACAAAAGUGAUGCAGGUGCUGAACGCCACCAUAAGCCGCGACUACGGUAGCCGUAAGACAGCCCGCGUACUGAAGGUAGAGUUGGACGAGGCGUUUAAGGACAGGAACUAUCGGUUCAGUGUUAUCAUAGCCCGCAAUGCGUCGGCACUGGUGUGUAAGCGCCUGUACGGCGUCUGGAUGUCUGUGACGGCUAAUAAUAAGCAUUAUCUACUCGUGGGCUCCUAUAAGGCCAAUAAGGCUAAGAAAUUGUCCGAGGGUCAAAUGGAUAGGAUCGAGGAUUGGACCUCGGUCUAUUUUAUUAAUUAUGAGGAUAUGCUGGAACAGCCUAGGUAUGUGUAG